GGGCACAUUACUUCAUUCACCUCCUGUCCUGAUCAAAGAUGGAUCUGCAGAUCUCAGUUUUUCUUCUCUUCGUUCUCUUCACUGCAGGACACUCUCUUCGGUGCUAUGGGUGCUACAGUGAGACGGGUUCUUGUACGGGUUCUCAAACGGAAACAACAUGUCCAUCUACUUGGUGCAAGAGUAUUGUAACAACAUCCGUUGUUGGUGACGUUACUAUUAAAACGAGGAGUAAAGGUUGUGCUUCUGAAUGUCAAAGUGUAUCCUCUAACUUCGGCUAUGAAAGGAUGAAUGUUUCCUGCUGUAACACAGACCUGUGUAACGCCCAAGAUCUUUCAGAUCCCGUCCCGAAUGGAAAGAAAUGUUAUACUUGUGAUGAAAAGGGCUGCUCUAAAACAUUGAGCUGUUUAGGGGACGAAGACCGCUGCAUUACAAUAACAGGUCAUUCUCAGGGCCUGUUAUCAGUUGUAAAAGGCUGUGUCUCUAAGUCAGCUUGUGCUGCCACGGCAUUGGUUAAAAAUGUUCGGGGCAUCUCAUGUUGUGAGGGGAACCUGUGUAACGGGGCUCAGAGCGUCACCCAGAGCUUCCUGUUCCUCUGCGGGUCUCUGCUCUCCUACUUCCUGAUGCACUGAAUCCAGCAGCUCGACAGAUGCUACAUCAGACACGCUGGACUGAAUCACUUCUCUCUAUCUGGUGUUCUGAUGCGAUUUUUUAAAUGUAUUUUUUGCUGUGAAUUUCUGUGACAUUUUACGAAAUAAAAUACUACCUUCCUGAGGUCAUAAUUAAUGAA